AAAAAAAGUCGCAGAACCGAGACCGAGCCGUUCCUUGGAGGAGGAAAGUGAUCGCUUCCCUGGCAGCUAGGUGUUGUUCGGGAACGGGCCAGUCGUCGUUACCUGCGGGGGCUGACUUCGUGGCAGGGAGGAGUAUCUCGUCUGGCAGGUUGCGAGGACGACGAGGCGCGAUUCUGGAGCGAGCAGAUGUCAUCGGCAGCCAGCACAGCCGAGCUCAGGUGAUGAGCACCUAGGCAGAAAUUUCGCUGCUGCUGCUUGGAGGAGCCGAACGGUACAAGGACGGACGCGAUGGUCGAGAGGAUCGAGAGCGGGCGGCCGGUGCAGAUCCUGCGCACCAAGGAUGACCAUAGCUUCGAGCUGGACGAGGAUGCUCUGGGCCGCAUCCUGCUGGCGGACCACGUGAAGGACAAGCCCGUCGUGGUAGUCUCGGUCGCGGGAGCCUUCCGCAAGGGCAAAUCCUUUCUGCUGGACUUUUUCCUGCGCUACAUGCGCAAUCAGGGCCAGGCGGACUGGCUGGGCGACCCGACGGCCCCUCUCAAGGGCUUCUCCUGGCGCGGCGGCUGCGAGCGUGACACGACGGGAAUUCUCGUGUGGGACGAGGUGUUCCUGGUGACCACCUCGCAAGGCCAGCAAUUCGCAGUGCUGUUCAUGGACACCCAGGGAGCGUUCGACUGCGAGUCGACGGUCAAGGACUGCGCGACCAUCUUCGCGCUGAGCACCAUGACCAGCUCGGUGCAGGUGUACAACCUCUCCCAGAACAUUCAAGAGGAUGACUUGCAACACCUGCAACUGUUCACCGAAUAUGGCAGGUUGGCGCAGCAGGACAUGAGUGAAAAGCCCUUCCAGAAGCUUCUGUUCUUAGUGCGGGACUGGAGCUACCCGUACGAUGCAGACUAUGGUGCGAAAGGUGGCAGCACCAUCCUGGAAAGGCGGUUGCAGAUCUCCGACAGGCAACACCAGGAGUUGCAACAGCUGCGGAGGCAUAUCCGGUCGUGCUUCUCGGAGAUUGGCUGCUUCCUGAUGCCUCACCCCGGGCUGAAGGUUGCAACCGCGGCAUCUUUUGACGGUCGCCUGUCUGACAUCGAAGAGGAAUUCAAGAAGCAGCUGUUGGAGCUCGUGCCCUCACUUCUGGCCCCGGACAACCUGCUAGUGAAGGAAAUAAAUGGCGAGAAGAUCUCCUGCCAGGAGUUGAUGUCUUACUUUAAGGUGUACGUGAACAUAUUCAAAGGUGAUGAGCUACCCGAGCCAAAGUCCAUGCUUGAGGCAACUGCUGAGGCGAACAACUUGGCAGCUGUGGCUACAGCCAAGGACAAGUACACGAGUGGCAUGGAGCAGCUGUGUGGUGGAGACCAGCCCUACCUGAGCCCCCAGAUGUUGGAGAGUCACCACCUACGGCUACGUGAGACAGCGCGAGAGCUGUUCUCCAGCACGCGCAAGAUGGGUGGCGAGGAGUUCUCCCAGCAGUACCUGGACCGACUCACUGAGGAGAUCGACCAGACCUUCCAGAACUUUGCCAAGCAUAACGAGGGCAAGAACAUCUUUGCGGCGGCGCGCACCCCGGCGACCCUGUUUGCCGUCGUGCUGGCCUUCUACUUUGUGUCGGGCGCGUUUGGCCUGCUCGGCAUCUACAGCCUCUCCAACUUCUGCAACUUGCUCAUGGGCCUGUCGCUGGUCAGCCUCUGCCUUUGGGGCUACGUGCGGUACAGCGGCGACAUGCGCGAAGUCGGUGCCCAGAUAGACAACAUCGCAAACAUCAUCUGGGCCAGCCUGCUCAAGCCCCUGUACAAGACUGUGAUGCAAGACCGGGUGCUCCCACCGCACCUCACGGGGGGUGCGGGCGAGGGCACACGGGCCCCGCCCCCCAACGGCCGGCUCAAGGCCAACUGACGAGCCCCUCUCUCUCUCUCUCUCCAUGCCAAGACUCAAACACCACCCAAGUGCCUUGUUGUGGCCUCUCCGUUUCUCUUUCUUUGUACCGUUAUGGAGGAAUAAAAGGCCCUCGUUGUGCA